ACUAGACAUGAUGAAUUCCAUUUGAGUGCUUGAAAUUCAUCCAAUCCCCUUGGUAUGCAAAUAACACACUAUAAACUUGUUGAGUGGGUUGUUGAUGCAUCUAAAUACUAGAGAACUUUAGAUUCGAGUAAAAUUUAUUUUAAAUUAAGGGUGUGUCUGGUAUGACGUAAUAUGUUUCCAUGAAAAAUAAAUGUGUUUUGUGGUUAUUUGGAACGGAAAAGAAAAAAAAAAAAGUCCCAUGGUUGGAGAUAUGAGCAGUCAAUAUCUUCUACUUUCCGCCAUUUGGCCUAACUUUUUGUAGAGUUGAAGCAACUUUCCACUAUUAUCUCCCGUUGACCUCUAUUAAGUAUAUACUAUACUAUUGGAAAAUGCAUUGCAUCACCCUUUGCCCUCUUCUUUUUUUUUAAAAGUUCCCAUGGCUGAUACUAAGAAAAAGAAAUUGAUAGGUUUGAAUUGCCUAAUUGCCUGUGCAAUUCUGCUUUCCGCUGCUUUGUUUAUAGGAAGCGCCUUCGUCAUCACUGAAUGUAAAGAGAAAGUAAUAGGAUGGGAAAUGGUUGAAGCAUUCAGAAUAAUGAAACGUAGAUCGAUGUGUGAGGAUGAGUGCAAGCCUGAAGGAAGUGAGACAUUACCCAGAGGUAUUGUGGCUAAGACCUCUGAUUUAGAGAUGCAUCCGCUCUGGGGCGCCCCCAAUAAAAGGAAAUCAAAAUCACCAAUGAGCUUACUAGCUAUGGCAGUUGGAAUUAAGCAGAAAAAGAGUGUAAAUGAAAUUGUAAACAAGUUUCCACAUACUGAUUUUGUCACUAUGCUUUUUCACUAUGAUGGCCUCCUCAAUGAAUGGAAUGAUCUUGAAUGGAGUAGCACUGCUAUUCACAUUUCUGCUAUUAAUCAAACUAAAUGGUGGUUUGCGAAGAGGUUCUUACACCCAGAUAUUGUUGCACAGUAUGCUUACAUAUUCCUCUGGGAUGAAGAUCUUGGAGUCGAAAAUUUCAAUGCUGGGCGAUAUUUAUCAAUAAUAAAAGAAGAAGGUCUUCAUAUAUCACAGCCAGCAAUCAAUGCAGAUAUUUCAGAAAUUCACCACAAACUUACAGCGCGACAAGAAGGGUCAAGAGUGCACAGGAGGACAAUAAACAUAAAGGGUCCUGGAAGGAGGUGCUACGGAGACAGUACUGAACCUCCAUGCACUGGGUGGGUGGAAAUGAUGGCUCCUGUUUUUUCAAGAGCAUCGUGGCGCUGUGCAUGGUACAUAAUUCAGAAUGACUUUGUUCAUGCAUGGGGGGUGGACUUUCAGCUUGGAUAUUGUGCGCAGGGGAACCGAACCACUAAUGUUGGGGUUGUUGACUCAGAAUAUUUGGUUCACUAUGGUCUUCCAACACUAGGUGGUGGAGAAAAUGAGAAGGGUAGUUUAGAACAAGGAACAACUCCUAAACAGGAUACUUUACCAAACAAAAUGGGACUGCCAGAGUCUCAUCCAUCUGAUGCAAGAAAUGCUGUGCGGAAACAAUCUCUUGUAGAAUUGGAAAGAUUCAAGAAUAGAUGGAAAAAAGCUGCCAGAGAAGAUCAAUGUUGGGUUGAUCCCUUUCAGCGGACUAUGAAACAAAAAUAGUGACUGAAGGGGCUGCAUCUUAACCCUUAAAACUGAUACACACAAGUUACAGUUAUUCCUCUGUCUUCAAGCUCUGGAAACCUAAAAUAAUUCUUAUGGGCUUCAAGAGGCCAUGAUAACAGAGGGACAUUGUCAAUUUCCAUAAGUCCUAAUUAUGUAUAAAAACAAAUAGAAUAGUUCAGACAGCCAGAGUAAUUUAUGAUUUCACAGUGUAGUUCAUUCUCUAUCUGAAACAAUUGGUGAAAACACAAAACUGUCAAGCAGCUGAAAAAUGAAAUUAAACCAUUUUCUGGUGU